AAAAUUCCGUCCACUUGGGCUGAUGCAUCCAGUAAAGUGAAUAUCGAUUUAGACGGUUUAGGCAUGAAAAAAAAGCCACAAAAGCAGUCGGUACCAAUGAAUCAAAUGGCUACUUCUGUUUCUGCGCCAGCUGUGCCAGGUCGUGGCCCACCUUUAUGCGACAAGCCAUGUGAUACCAGACCAGCUGCUGCUCCGCCCACAGCAAUAUAUCAGCAUCAAGUGCCUUCCGGCGAUAUAUUAGAUUUCCUGAAAUGA